GACAUUGGCAUUUGACGUAACAGCGUGUGCUGAGUAAAACAAACUUUUUUGUUACGUUGCAAAGUUAAAGAAUUUGAAUUGUUACAAUAUUGUACAACGUUAAAAUGACAACUCCAAACGCUCAUCCUCAUAUCGAUAGGGAGUUGGAUUUAUCAAAUUCUGGAAGAGGAGUCUGGCUGGUAAAAGUUCCUAAAUACAUAGCCAACAAAUGGGAGAAAGCCCCUGGUAAUAUCGAUGUUGGAAAACUAAAAAUUUCUCGUACACCGGGCCAAAAAACACAAGUACAACUUUAUCUUUCGGAAGGAGUUCUAUGCCUUAAAGAGCCGGGUGAACAAAACAUUCCAAAGGUUCAUCGCCUGGACGUGUACAAUGUUACUCAUCAGUCAUUGGGUGUUUUCUCUCACGUUGUUCCUGCUACUACAGAUGCAGUAGUUCCUGAAUCUGAAAAACUUUAUAUGGAAGGUAGAAUAGUUCAAAAGUUGGAGUGUAGGCCAUAUGCUGACAAUACUUAUUACAAGCUUAAAUCGGAAUCUAUAAGGAAAGCGUCCAUGCCACAACGACAAGUUCAGCAACUGGACAGAAUUGUGCAGAACUUCAAGCCAGUAUCUGAUCACAAACAUAAUAUUGACUUUCUGGAGAAGAAAAAAGCAGAGGGUAAAAAGGCUCGUGAUGACAAGGAUGUGGUCCUCAAUAUGCUGUUUGCAGCUUUUGAAAAACAUCAGUAUUAUAACAUAAAAGAUUUACAAAAGAUAACCAAACAACCAAUAGUAUAUUUAAAAGACAUUCUUAAAGAGGUGUGUAAUUAUAAUUUGAAAAAUCCACACAAAAAUAUGUGGGAACUGAAACCAGAAUACAGGCAUUAUAAGCAAGAGGCACCUGUGGAAGCAAAGCCAGACAAAAAUAGUUCGGACAGUGACUAGCAAUAAAUUACUGUAUGUUAGUGUCCACUAUGGUAACACUUGAACAAAAAAUGUUUUUUUUUUCAAAGAGUAAACAAUAUGACUAGACAGUCCUUUUUUUUAGUAGUAGACAAGACAGUCAAAACAUUGAAAUCUGUUUUAAAAUUGAUUAAUCUUUAUUAUUAUGUUAAUAAAUGUGUAAUAAUAAAUAUAAUGACUAAGCAUAAAUAUAGUUACUUAGCUGUUGCUCGCGACUUUGUCUGCGCGUAUUUAAAAAUCUCGUAACAGCUUAUGUUUCUCAGUGAUAUGUAACUUUAUAAUGGUGGAACAACUAAAUAAAUCGGUCCAGUAAGUUUUUAAUUUAUUAAUUACAUACGAAAAUACAAUUCUUU